CGUAAAUUCUUCACCGAAACAACCUUGAAUAUGGGAGUGGCGGGACACACCCUGGUUAUUAGAUUUCCUAUUGAACAUUCCUAGCGCGAAAACUCAGUCGUAAACGAAGAAGCAUCGGCCAAAAUUUCAUUCUUCACGUCUAUAUAAGAUUGUUCUCGCGAGUGUUCGCGUUACUGAAUAAAAUGGGAAACAAGGUAGCGACGUUCACUGAGGAACAGCUAGAGGAUUACCAAGACUGCACCUUUUUCACGCGCAAGGAAAUCUUGAGGAUAUUUAAACGAUUUCGAGAGAUGGGUGAUCCUGGAGCAGUUCCACGAUGUAUGACGGCCGAGCAAGCGUCCACUCUUCGUAUACCAUUGUCCUGUCUAACGCGUAUACCGGAAUUGAAGGAAAAUCCGUUCAGGCAACGUAUCUCGGAGGUGUUCACUAGACGAGUCGUUCAGAAUUUGGGCCAAGCGACUACGUCCGACGACGCUGGAAUCUGCUUCGAGGAGUUCCUCGAGAUGAUGUCGGUUUUUUCGGAGCAGGCGCCGCGGGACUUGAAGGUCUUUUACGCUUUUAAGAUUUACGAUUUCGACGAGGAUGGAGUGCUAGGAACGAGCGAUUUGGAGCGCACCUGUCGACAGUUAGUUCAAGGUGGUCUGAACGGCGAAGAAGUGGCCACCGUCUGCCGAAAAGUUUUGGAGGAAAGCGACAUCGACGGAGACGGUGUUCUAUCGUAUUUGGAAUUUGAACACGUCGUCACCAGAGCUUCGGAUUUUAUGGCAACCUUUCACAUAAGAAUUUAAUCUUCACACUUUCGAAAUUCAA